AUGGACAGGAAUAAGGUGAAGGUUUGGAUCCUUCCUUCUGAGGAGGAUAUGUGGUUACCUUAUUCUACCUUAUUUGCUUCUCCUAUACCUAUGUCUGUGGACCCCUGUACACCAACUGCUAGACCAACCCUUGCACCUGUGCCAUUCCCUUUCAUGACUCCUACUUCUUCACCCGUGCCAAUGGAGAGAGACGUCUAUGUGGUGGAAUCCUCCAUUAGGUACACUACUAUGCCUUCUUACAUACAUCUUGCAUAUCCAUCUAUUUUAGUUCCACCUACUGCUGCCCCUAUGGACACUGAUGUCCCUACUACCGCACUUGUUCCUGAUGUGACUCCUCAUGCCCGUAUACCUCAGCCAUCCUCUCCUCCUCUUGUGGAGCUCGAAUGCAUAGACAUCCAUGUCAUUGAGUCCACUGUUCGACCCUGUUUACCUACUCCACCCCGCAGACUUUUCCUUGUCGAUGAGGCUAGCCCCUCACACCGUAGCCCCUCACCCCCUAUGCCCUUUCCACUAUCCCGUGUACCUCCACCUACGCUUGGUUAG